ACAACAAUACAUAUCAAAUGAUAAGUCAUAGCCACCACAUUUUUCUUUCAAAAAUUUCAAGUAUGGCUGAAAUGAAAGACUAUAUCCAACUUUUCUUGCUUUGGCUACUCUCAACAAUUGCAGUUCGAGCCAUAAUAAUAACUAGAAAGAAGAAGAGCCACCUUACUCUACCAUGCCCUUUAUCACUACCUAUCAUUGGACACCUUCACCUUAUUUCUAAAUUACCUCACCAAAGUUUUCACAAACUCUCAACACACUAUGGACCUAUAGUGAAAAUUUUCCUAGGAUCUAAGCUAUGUGUAGUAACUUCUAGUCCAGAAAUAGCAAAGGAGUUCCUUAAAACCAAUGAAACUUACUUCUCCAACCGCUUUAGAAGUGCAGCAGUUGACUACUUAUCAUAUGGCUCAAAGGGUUUCUUGUUUGCUACUUAUGGUGAAUAUUGGAAGUUCAUGAAGAAGAUGUGCAUGUCUGAGCUUCUUGGUGGAAGAACCCUUGAUCAACUCCGUCCCUUGAGGCUACAAGAGACUACGAGGUUUCUUCGACUUUUGCAUAGGAAAGGGGAGGUCGGGGAGGUUGUUGAUGUCGGUGGCGAGCUCUUGACUCUCACCAAUAGCAUAAUAGCAAGGAUGGCAAUGAGUAAAACUUGUUCUGAGAAUAAGAGUGACGAUGUUGAAGAAAUAAGGAAGAUGGUGACAGACACUGCAGAGCUUGCAGGGAAGUUUAAUGUGUCAGAUUUUAUUUGGUUUUGCAAGAAUUUGGAUUUUCAGGGAAUGAAGAAAAGGCUUAAAGGGAUUAUGCACAGGUUUGACACAAUGAUGGAGAGGGUAAUUAGGGAGCAUCAAGAGGAAAUGAAGAAAAGGAAGGAAAAGGGUGAUGGUACUGCUCAUGUUAGGGAUCUACUUGAUAUUUUGUUGGAAACACUUGAGAAUGAGAGCACUGAAAUCAAAUUGACAAGAGAGAAUGUCAAGGCUUUCAUCUUGGACAUAUUUAUGGCAGGAACAGACACAUCUGCUAUAACAAUCGAAUGGGCUCUGGCUGAGAUGAUAAACAACCCACAUAUGAUGGAGAGAGCAAGACAAGAGAUUGAUGCAGUAACUGAAAACACAAGAUUAAUAGAAGAGUCAGAUCUUCCGAAACUCCCAUACUUGCACGCGAUAAUCAAAGAAACCCUAAGAAUUCAUCCUACCGUACCAAUUCUAGGUAGGGAGUCCUCGGAAAGUUGCUUGGUUUAUGGUUAUGAGAUUCCAGCAAAGACCAUUUUAUUUGUUAAUUUAUGGUCAAUGGGUAGAGACCCAAAACUGUGGGAAAAUCCACUUGAGUUCAUGCCGGAGAGGUUUAUGAAUGAAGAGAAUAAGUUUGAUGUUAGGGGACAAAAUUUCCAACUUAUGCCGUUUGGAACUGGAAGAAGGGUUUGUCCUGGUGCUUCAUUAGCACUUCAAGUUGUUCCAAUAAACCUUGCUGCCAUGAUUCAAUGUUUUGAUUGGAAGAUUGAUGGUGAUGGAAAAGUUAACAUGGAAGAGAAACCAGCUAUGACCCUUCCAAGGGCUCAUCCUUUGAUGUGUGUCCCUAUUCCUCGUUUUAAUAUCAUUCCUUCUAAUGUAUAUAUUGGUAAUUAAGAAAUUUCAAAAUUUCAAUAUCAUUUAUAUUCAAAAGAAUUAGGAGGACGGUGACAUCCUCAGAGGACUCAAAGGUUCUUGACUUUUAAGAAAAGAUGAAAUGGUGACUUGUGUUUCUUUGGAGUUUGUAGGAUCUUUAGGGUACUUCUCUCAAUCACUUUUAAGUCACUAUUAUUAUGUGGCAUCUCUUACUGCAUCGUCCAAACACUCUUGAUCUUUAUAAUAUUCUAUAAUAUUUUGAUUUGAUUUGAUGCAUGUGUA